UGGCUAUGAGAGGACAGGAGGAGGGGAAAUCGGCUGCUGCUCUGGCUCGGCUCAUCUUCCCGCUCCCUGGUCAGAAGGAGGCAGCAAGGCUACACCCCUCCUCCUCCUCCUCCUCCAGCCAUUCUAGGCUCCUGUGAAUCCUGUUCGCAAAUAGGCUGUGCCGUUUCGACAAUGGCGACCCUGAAACAGAUGCCCUUCCACACGGCAGCCUGAACUCAUACCUUCUAAUGGAAGUGCGGCCGCAGCAUCACUAGUGCAGAAGCAGCCGAGGACCGAGCUACAGUGCAGAAGGAGGAGUGAAUUGCCAAGCCGGGGAUCUUAUACAGUGCAAAAGUAAGAGGAACUGGAUUUCUUGAGCAUGGGGGAAUCGGAGCAGAGACAAACGGCCGCUUCUCGAUUAGGAGCUCCCGAAAGUGUUGGUAUCAGCACACUAGAACAUGGAGUCAAGCCGCCUUUAUCACCGCAGGGGAAAAUCUAUCCAUUCAAGGUCCAGAUGCUGGAUGAAACCUUGGAGACCGUUGAAGUUCCAAUAAGAGCCCCAGGAAAAGCUCUUUUGGAUGCUGUCUGUAGCCACCUUAAUCUUGUUGAAGGGGACUAUUUUGGCCUUGAAUUCCAGGACCAUAGAAAGAUUAUGGUCUGGUUGGAUCUCUUGAAGCCAAUUGUCAAACAGAUUAGAAGGCCUAAGAAUGUGGUGCUUAAGUUUGUAGUCAAGUUCUUUCCACCUGAUCACACUCAGCUGCAAGAAGAAUUAACAAGGUACCUCUUUGCCCUCCAAGUCAAGCAGGAUCUAGUACAAGGAAAGCUUACUUGUAACGAAAGCAGUGCUGCACUUCUUAUCUCUCACAUUGUACAGUCUGAAAUUGGAGAUUUUGAUGAAGCUGGGGACCAGGACCAUUUGCAAAAGAACAAGUAUAUGCCCCAACAAGAACCUUUGGAAGAAAAGAUCAUGGAAUUACAUCGGAAUCAUUUUGGCCAGACACCGGCAGAGUCAGAUUUCCAGCUUCUAGAGAUUGCCCGUCGCUUAGAGAUGUAUGGAGUCCGUCUGCAUCCAGCCAAGGACAGGGAGGGAACCAAGAUCAACCUUGCAGUUGCCAACACCGGCAUCCUAGUGUUUCAGGGUCACACAAAGAUAAAUGCUUUUAACUGGGCAAAAGUUAGAAAACUAAGUUUCAAGAGGAAACGUUUUCUCAUAAAACUGCGUCCAGAUGCUAAUAGUUCAUAUCAGGAUACCCUUGAAUUCAUGAUGGCCAGUCGUGAUUUUUGCAAAUCAUUUUGGAAAAUUUGUGUUGAAUAUCAUGCCUUUUUCCGGCUGUUUGAAGAGCCCAAGCCAAAGCCCAAGCCAGUUCUCUUUAGCAGGGGUUCAUCAUUUAGGUUCAGUGGUCGUACACAAAAGCAGGUUUUGGAUUAUGUCCGAGAAGGAGGGCAUAAAAAAGUACAAUUUGAAAGGAAACACAGCAAGAUCUGCUCUAUUAGGAGUCAAUCUUCACAUCACCCAGAACCUCUUUUGGAAGUGCCAAAACAAAGUUCUAAAAUAACCUUCGAGCAAAUUUCUCAGCCAGAUGAAAUACAGACAUUACAGCAAGUGAGGGAAGAUAAGCGGGUCAUUGAUGUGCCUGUACAACAUAGAAGCCCAUCUCCCAAGAAAAGUCCAGUUGCCAGGAGGGCAAAAGAAGACACAGAUGUGACAGCUGAUGGUGAAGAUGCUGCCAAAGACCACGCACAAAAGAGCUUAAAGAAUACGCACCAGCCAAGCACAGGUUCCUUAACAGGGAGUCCACAUCUUUCAGAAUUGUCAAUUAAUUCUCAAGGAGGAAUGAUCGGCCUUAACCCCUCACUGUCUCCUAAUCUGAGUCCUGAUGGCAAGCCCUCCUCUCCUCUUAUUAGCCCAUUACUGAAUGAACCUGCCUGCAUCAGAACAGAUGAUGAGGAAGAAAGUCGUAAAAAGAAAUGUCCUACGGACAAAGCCUACUUCAUUGCAAAGGAGGUUUCGACUACAGAGUGCACCUACCUGAAAGACCUGGAAGUUAUUACAAAGUGGUUCCAGAAUGCUGUUGGGAAAGACGAUGCCAUGCCAGAAUCUUUAAGAAACCUUAUAUUCCCUAACUUUGAUCCUUUACAUAAAUUCCAUACUAGUUUUUUGAAGGAAAUUGAUCAAAGACUUAGUUUUUGGGAAGGUAGAUCCAAUUCACAUAUGAAGGCAGAUAAUCAGAAAAUUGGGGACGUAAUGCUGAAGAACAUUCAGGGUAUGAAGCAACUCACAACUCAUCUACAGAAACACUAUGAAGCUCUGAUAGAACUGGAAAAGGCCAUUAAAGGCUCCCGCAAGCUGGAAAGCCUGUGCCGUGAGUUUGAGCAAGAAAAGGUGUGCUAUUUACCUCUCAACACCUUCUUCCUUCAGCCGUUACACAGGCUUAUGCACUACAAGCAGAUCAUGGAAAGACUCUGUAAACACUACCCCCCAAAUCAUGUGGACUUCAGGGACUCUCGAGCUGCCUUGGCAGAGAUAACGGAAUUGGUAGCUCAGCUACAUGGCACAAUGAUAAAGAUGGAAAAUUUUCAGAAGCUACAGGAGCUCAGAAAAGAUUUAACUGGCAUGGACAAUCUGGUGACCCCAGGACGGGAGUUCAUCAGGCUUGGGAGUUUAAGCAAGUUAUCUGGGAAAGGACUACAGCAGCGGAUGUUCUUUUUGUUCAACGAUGUUAUGAUUUACACAAGCAGAGGGCUGACGUCAUCUAAUCAGUUUAAAGUUCACGGGCAGCUUCCUCUCUUCAAUAUGACGAUAGAAGAAAGUGAAGAUGAAUGGGGAGUACCUCACUGCCUUACCUUACGGAGUCAGAAUCAGGCUAUCAUUGUUGCAGCCAGUGCUCGUCCUGAAAUGGAAAAGUGGAGUGAGGAUAUUCAGAUGGCCAUCGAUCUGGCUGAGAAAAGCAGCGGCCCUGUACCUGAGCUCUUGGCUAGUAGCCCUCCUGAUGGUAAGACGCCAGAGGAAGGCCCUACAGACCAGGAGUCAGAGGAUGAUUUGAGUGCAUCCCGCACCUCUUUGGAAAGGCAAUCACCGCACCGUGGGAACACCACUGUCCACGUUUGCUGGCACAGAAACACUAGUGUAUCCAUGAUUGAUUUCAGCUUUGCCGUGGAGAAUCAGUUCUCUGGCAACCUCCUGCGCAAGUUCAAAAACAGCAACGGCUGGCAGAAACUUUGGGUGGUGUUCACUAACUUCUGCCUCUUUUUCUACAAGUCCCACCAGGACAGUCACCCGUUGGCCAGUCUCCCUUUGCUGGGAUACUCCCUUACCAUUCCCUCUGAAUCAGAGAAUAUUCACAAGGAUUAUGUCUUUAAACUUCACUUCAAAUCACACGUCUAUUACUUCAGAGCAGAGAAUGAAUAUACUUUUGAUAGGUGGAUGGAAGUUAUUCGAAGUGCUACGGAUUCUGCCAGUCGCUCACACCUUUUGAGCCGCAAGGAGUCCCACAUGUACUGAACAUUCCUGACACUAAAUGGGCCGGCUGCUUUGCCAGCGGGAAUCCGACACCAGCCCCAGCUCUUGCUGAAUUUUUGUGAGGCCGGCAGCUGUUGUUUCACAGAAACCCAAGGAUCCUGCCCAACAAUGCCUUUCUUUUUGUAGCAUCGUAUGGGCAAACACAUUUUUAAACUUUUUAAAACCAUUCUGUGAGCCAGGCCUUCUCUAUACUAUAAACUCUGAAUUGAACAUGUGCCAACACUAACAAAAAUCUUGUCUCUAGUCUAGUGGCCAAUGAUUCUACUUGUAUCCCUGUCCUGUUUCUAACUCCCACUUGCAGUUUAACUUGUCCGUGUAUCAUUGGAACAAAAGGUCAAUGUUUUUCAAGUGUUUAAAUUAUAAAGCUUUCCCUUCAAUUGUCCUGCUAUAGAGUUGUUUCCAUGAAGGUUUACUGGCCUACAAAGCACUUUAAUCAGCUCAGUUUGGAAGCAAGAAACACCGCUAGCUCUAACCUGUAUUUACUAAAACUCCUCUCCCUUUAUACAGCCACAGCUUUCCCAUAUGGCCAGAACCACAGAAUUAACUGACGCCAUGCAGUUCCUCACUAUCAGUGCACAGGCAUCUUUGGAAAAUGAAAUUUUUUUUUUUAAUGUACAAACUUUGCAUCCGAUUGUUCUCCGGACUUUUUUGACAUGGAUGUUGUGCCUUUUUAUUUUUUAUAAAUAUAUAUAUUCUUUUUUUGUGCUUUAGAACUUCUUUUAAUUAGUACACUGCCCCACUGCACUAUAAAUGCACCGGCUAAACCAGGAAGGGCGGGAUUUUACCAAGAUGCAAUAAAUGAAAUGCACAAGCAAUGAA